AUGAGAGGGAAGGCCAGCAGCCUUGGGAGCAGGCAGUCAGCUGGAGGGCUUGAAGCUGGGGGAUAGGUGGGAGCUUUUCUGUUGCCGCCGAGAGAAAAACGGGGGUGGACAACACCAGCGUUAAGUAACAAGGUUUUCCGGGAGGACAGCGUAGCGGGGAGCAGGACUGGUUCGCUGCCUGGCAGGCGGGCGUGUCCAGUACAGGCCGUUGCGCCGCGCCGGCUCCGCUGAGGCUGUAGGGUGGGGGCGGGGGAAGCUGCGUAUAGGUCAACCAAGGGCAAAGGAAGCCGGACACUGACGCAGGUGGCCUCCCGAUUCCGGCUCCCAGGCGUCUAGGGGGAAACUCAGUCCCCGUUUAAUGCCGGUCUUCAAGCUGCCGCAUCACCGCGCAACCUUCUCAGGCACUUCCGGCAUAGAGAAUUAAAUUCUGAAUAAGUCUUUAAGUAGGAUGGACAGUUAUUUUAAAGCAGCAGUCAGUGACUUGGACAGACUCCUAGAUGAUUUUGAACAGAAUCCAGAUGAACAAGAUUAUCUCCGAGAUGUGCAAAAUGUAUAUGAUUCUAACCACUGUUCAGUUUCUUCAGAGUUGGCUUCCUCCCUACUACCAAAGGAUCAACAAUGCAUUAAUUGUUGUGCCUCAUCAGAAACAUGCUAUGAAACAAAUCAGAUUUCUCUGAACAAAACACUUGAGGGACUAACUUCUAUACAAAAUGAAAAAAAUGUAACAGGACUUGAUCUGCUUUCUUCUGUGGAUGGUGGCACUUCAGAUGAAAUCCAGCCUCUGUAUAUGGGACGAUGUAGUAAACCUGUCUGUGACCUGAUAAGUGACAUGGGUAAUUUAGUUCAUGUAACAAAUAGUGAAGAAGAUAUUAAACAAUUAUUGCCAGAUGAUUUUAAGUCUAGUGCAGAUUCUUUGAUUGGAUUGGAUUUAUCUUCAGUGUCAGAAACUCUUCAUGCCUCUUCAACAGACCGUGAUAAUAAUACUGUCAGAGAGGAACAGAAUGAUGUCCACUCUGAAUUACAAAAUAGAGAAAUUAGUGGAGCUGAAGAAUUGGGUAUGAAAGUAGAUACAACACCUUCAGAUUCAUGUAAUUACAGCGGAAAAGAGAAUUUAAAGGAUAAAAAGAUCUCUAAUCAGUUAGAACCAGUUAUUGAUGGUUUUAACAUGCCAUCUGCUUUGACUCAACAAAGUUCUAAAAUGUUUGAUACCAAAGACAACCUACAACGCAAGAACCAGCCAUGUGAAUUACUAAAAGCUGAUAGCUGUUUGGUGGAAGAUGAAGUAGAUGUGGCAGUCAUAGCUGCCACAGAAUGUUUAAAAGAAGGAGACUGCACAAGUGCUGUGCCCUGCAGUGUUCCAAAAAAUGAAGAUUUAUACUUACAUGACUCAAAUUCAAAAGAUGAAAAUUUCAAAUUACCUGACUUUUCCUUUCAGGAAGAUAGGACUGCUGUAUUUGUAAAACAAUCUGCAAAAGAAGACUCAAGAAAUAUAGGUCUUAAAGAUAAUCAAGAUACAAUCCAAGAUUCCUCUCCAGCUUUACAGGUUUCAGAUGAAGAGAUCUAUUCCUCAUUGACCUGUCUUCCAGUACCUGGGUCUUUGUGUGGAUCAUUAAUUGAAACUAAAGCACAUGGUGAUUGUUUAUCACAGAAUGAACAUAAAGAUAACAUACAAGACACAGUGACAGUCCAUGAAGAAGUACAGAAGAGUGUUAUUCUGGGUGGGGAACCGUUGAAGGAGACUGAUCAUUUGAAACAGGAAAAAUGUGAAAAUGUAAUUGAAAAGGUGGGAGAUAGAAAGGAAGAGUCCAACCAGAUGGUAAUCAGAGUUGAAUCUUUGGAUUACCCUGGUAACACAAAUUCUUCUACAGCUACAGAAUCUCAAUUGGAGCUUUCUGGUGCUGAUGCCCCAGAGUUUCCUGAUGGUUGUGAAGGUCUCCCUUUUUUAAGCACUGAUAUCAAUGGGCAAGACUUAGAUUACUUUAAUAUUGAUGAAGGUAUGAAAAGUGGAACACUAAUUAGUGAUGCUGAACUUGAUGCCUUUCUAACUGAACAGUAUCUUCAGACUAGUAACAUAAAAGCCUUUGAAGAAAAUGUGAAUGACUCAAAAUCUGAAAUGAAUCAGAUAGAUGUGAAAGGCCUAGAUGAUGGAAAUGUCAGUAAUACAUAUUUCAAUGCUGAAACAGGAGCUACUGGGGAAAGUCUUGGUAUUAAUAUGAUUUGUGAAACAGUUGAUAAACAAAAUACAACAGAAAAUGGUGGCCUUUCUUUAGGGGAAAAAAGUACAAUUGCAAAUGAACAAGGGUUACCUAACAAUAAAUCUGAGAUUAUGAAUGAAUUAUCAGUCUCUGAUAUUAAUAGUCAGUCUGUUCAUAUUGGAGGGGCUAGACCUAAGCAGUUGUUUAGCAUUCCAUCAAGACCAGGGAGUUCAAAGGAACCAGGUAAACCAGAUGUUCCAAAUAUCCCUGAAAGCGAACCCAGCACAACAAAUACGAUUGUUCCAACCACUUGUACUACUGAUUCUACAGCUGAUCCUCAGGUUAGCUUCAACUCUAAUUACAUUGAUAUAGAAAGUAAUUUUGAAGGUGGAUCCACUUUUAUAACUGUGAGUCAAGAAUCUCUACCUGUAAACACUUGCAAAGAAGGCCUGGUUUUGGGCCUAAAACAACCUACUUGGGUUCCUGAUUCAGAAGCUCCAAACUGUAUGAACUGCCAGGUCAAAUUUACUUUUACGAAAAGGCGACACCACUGCCGAGCAUGUGGGAAAGUCUUUUGUGGUGUCUGUUGUAAUAGGAAGUGUAAACUGCAAUAUCUAGAAAAGGAAGCAAGAGUAUGUGUAGUCUGCUUUGAGUCUAUAAGUAAAGCUCAGGCAUUCGAAAGGAUGAUGAGUCCAACUGGUUCUAAUCUUAAAUCUAAUCAUUCUGAUGAAUGUGCCAACAUCCAGCCUCUUCAGGAGAGUCAGACAUCCAGUAUACCUUCACCUACAACUUUACCGAUCUCAGCCCUUAAACAACCAAGUGUUGAAGGAUUAUGCUCCAAAGAACAGAAGAGAGUAUGGUUCGCAGAUGGUAUACUUCCCAAUGGUGAGGUUGCAGAUACAACAAAAUUAUCAUCUGGAAGUAAAAGAUGUCCUGAAGACGUUAGUCCUCUCUUGCCUGAUAUGCCCUUGACAGUAAACACAGUGGAUCAUGCCCAUUCUACUGCAGUGGAGAAAGCAAACAAUGAGAUAGGAGAGAUUACAAGUGACAUAAUUCGGAGUCCUAUUUCUCAGGUUCCAUCUGUGGAAAAACUGCCUAUAAACACAGGAACUGAGGGGUUACCUACUUCUUGUUCUUUUACACUAAAUGAUGAUGUUUUUGCAGAAAUUGAGGGACCACCUACUCCUACUGAUGUCUUAGUUCACAGCAAUUUACCUGUUGCUAGUACUUCGGAUUAUAGGUUACUGUGUGAUAUUGACAAGAAUGUUUGCAAUAAGAUUAGUCUUCUACCUAAUGAUGAGGACAGUUUGCCCCCUCUUAUGGUUGCAUCUGGAGAAAAGGGAUCAGUGCCUGUAAUAGAAGAACACCCGUCUCAUGAGCAAAUCAUUUUGCUUCUUGAAAGCAAAAGUUUUCGUCCUGUUACAUUUGUCUUAAAUGCUAAUCUACUCGUGAAUGUCAAGUUAGUAUUUUAUUCCUCAGACAAAUAUUGGUACUUCUCAACCAAUGGAUUGCAUGGCUUGGGACAGGCAGAAAUAAUUAUUCUAUUAUUAUGUUUGCCAAAUGAAGAUGCUAUUCCGACCGACAUCUUCAAACUAUUUAUCACCAUCUAUAAGGAUGCUCUAAAAGGAAAAUACAUAGAAAACUUGGACAAUAUUACUUUUACUGAGAGUUUUCUCAGUAGCAAGGAUCAUGGAGGAUUUCUGUUUAUUACACCUACUUUUCAGAAACUUGAUGAUCUCCUAUUACCAAGUAAUCCUUUUCUUUGUGGAAUUCUUAUCCAGAAGCUAGAGAUUCCCUGGGCAAAGGUUUUUCCUAUGCGUUUAAUGUUGAGACUGGGUGCAGAAUAUAAAGUAUAUCCUGCUCCUCUAACAAGUAUCAGAGGCCGAAAACCUCUUUUUGGAGAAAUAGGACAUACUAUUAUGAACUUACUUGUUGACCUUCGAAAUUACCAGUAUACCUUACAUAACAUAGACCAGCUAUUGAUUCAUAUGGAAAUGGGGAAGAGCUGCAUAAAAAUACCUCGGAAAAAAUACAAUGAUGUGAUGAAAGUUAUAAAUUCUUCUAAUGAGCAUGUCAUUAGCAUUGGAGCUAGUUUUAGUACUGAAGCAGAUUCUCACCUAGUCUGUAUACAGAAUGAUGGCAUUUAUCAAACACAGGCCAACAGUGCCACUGGCCAUCCUAGAAAAGUGACAGGUGCAAGUUUUGUGGUAUUCAAUGGAGCUCUCAAAACAUCUUCAGGAUUUCUUGCUAAGUCCAGCAUAGUUGAAGAUGGCUUAAUGGUACAAAUAACACCAGAGACCAUGGAUGGCUUGCGACUAGCUCUACGAGAACAGAAAGACUUUAAAAUUACGUGUGGGAAAGUUGAUGCUGUAGACCUCAGAGAAUAUGUGGAUAUCUGCUGGGUAGAUUCUGAAGAGAAAGGAAACAAAGGUGUUAUUAGUUCGGUGGAUGGAAUAUCAUUACAAGGAUUUCCAAGUGAAAAAAUAAAACUGGAAGCAGAUUUUGAAACUGAUGAGAAGACUGUAAAGUGUACUGAGGUGUUCUACUUUCUAAAGGACCAGGAUUUAUCUAUUUCAGCAACUCGUUAUCAGUUUGCAAAAGAAAUAGCCAUGGCUUGUAGUGCUGCACUGUGUCCUCACCUGAAAACUCUGAAGAGUAAUGGGAUGAAUAAAAUUGGUCUCAGAGUUUCCACUGAUACUGAUAUGGUUGAAUUUCAGGCAGGAUCUGAUGGCCGACUUCUUCCUCAGCAUUAUUUAAAUGAUCUUGAUAGUGCUCUAAUCCCUGUACUCCAUGGUGGGACCUCCAGCUCUACUAGUUUACCAUUAGAAAUAGAAUUAGUAUUUUUCAUUAUAGAAAAUCUUUUUUAGUGAAAGAUAUGAGUAAUAUUAUAUAUUGCAAACUAAUUUGUUAAAACUAAAUCCACUAAAACUGAAAUGCCACAGACACUAAAAGUAAAGAUUUGCUGUUUGAAACAUGUAAGUUUUGCUUUUUAGGUAGGAAAUGAUCUUUUUAAAUCAUUAGCACAAUAUUUAAAUCUCUAAAAAUUUAAGAGACCCACAGUUUUUGAAGCUCUGACUUAAUACAAGUUCUAUAAAGACAAAGAUUUUUUCUGUCUUUAAUAAAUUUGUAGCAUUUACUGUGUUAUUUAAAUGCAAAGCCAAAGUAUCUGCACUUAUGUAUACCUCUUUAUGCCAAGAAUGAUUUUAAUGAAGGCUCUUUUCAGAUGUAACCUUAUGAGGGAAAUAGCUGUUACAUAUGCCAGUUACAUUGCUGGCUUCUAAAGUCUGUUAAAAAUGAAUUUCAAUGGCACAGUUUCCAGAUCUUAGUCUUAUAAUUCUUUGAAUAAGGCAGAUAACGUAUUUGUAUAAUUGGAGUGGAGACUUACCUCCAUGAUUAGAUAAACUCUGAUUAUUUGGAUCAAAAUCAGAAUUUUGCCUUUUUUCUUCUCAAAUUAUUAUAUAUAUAUGGUUUUCUUUAUUAAAUGGGUAUUCUUAAAAUAAUUGUGGGUGCUUCAGAAUUUUGUGCUUAUAUAUUUAAAUACAUUGUUUUUAUAGCAAAAACGUGAUUCAGUAUAUGUUUUAUAAGUCUUUAAUAAUUUAUAAAUAGGUAAUAUUUUUAUAUUGCAGUGCAUUAUGUUUUCUCCUUUCCUUCCAAAAUAUACCCCACUGUAUUUACCACUUCUAAGAGUGAUGGACAACAGGCCAUAUGACCUUUGAAGUAGUCAUUAUGUAGCAAUAAAUGAAGCCUGAAACAGGUUUUUUUUAACUUCUCCUUUAAACCUUAGAACUUUCUUGGCAAGUCUGCAUAUUUUCGGUGACACCAAUGUACUAAAUAUACAUUUUAAUGAACUAAUUACUUUUGCAUAUUUUAUAUUCUCUAUAUGGUAGUUAUUUUUUAUAACAGGAUAUUAACCUAAGUUAAAUUCUGUGUGUUUGAAACUGUUACAGAACUUUCCUCUUCAAACAGCAAAAUUGUAAGAAGUACUUUGUGUUAAAAAAAAAAAAAGUAAAGGGGAUAUUUUAGUUAGUCCUAUAAUUUACAUUAUAUAGAAUAUAAUCAUUAUUUUCAUGUUUCUUUUUUAUUCUUAUGUGGUAUAUGUUUUUGUAUGAAAACACUCAUUGUAUAUUUCAAGAAAAAAGAAAACUACACUAAAUAACCCUGAUGUAAGAAAAAAGAAUUAUGAAGCAUCUCAACACUAAAUAACCCUGAUGUAAGAAAAAUACUUAUGAAGACCAAGUCAGGGUUAUAACUCAGGAUCUGAGUCUCAGGCUAGGAGAGACUGAGAAUUUUACUCCAUUGGUCAUAUGGUUCCUACUGAAUCACAUCUGUAGUACUAGCCAAAGACAUCCUAUGAAGGAGAUUAUCAGUCUCCUGGAAGUAGCUACUUCAUAAGCAAUGUAAAAUGUUGCAGCUAUUAAAUAAAAAGGCAACACAAAGUAACCUGUGAAAUUUAUUGAAAUGGUAUAGGAUAAAAACAAUUGCAUAUCAAACUCAGUUUAUGUUUUCUGUGUAUACUGUGUGUUUAUUUUGCAGUAUAAGUAGUUGCACAGUCUAUGAAUACUGAAAUUACUUUAAAAUAACAAUUUGGUGCAGGGUGCUUCCCAUGAUAUAGGAUAGGAUAGGAUUUGGAUUUGUUUUCAUAAAGUCUCUACAUUUAAUAAAAAUUGGAAUAAUGUGCCUUUGGAGGUACAUUUUGAAGUGUUCUUUGUAGCUGUACAAUAUGUUUCUGAAUGCCAUUGUUACUUAUUUGGUCAUGUUCUUCACAUUGGUACUUAAUUUUGAAAUUUUAAUUUUUUUAAAGGUGAAGAAAUAGAAUGGUUCUUUGUAUUC